CGAAAGCACAGUCAAACCGGAAAGGGCCGACUAGUGUAUUAUGAAUCAGCUACAGAAAUAAUACCCAAGGACUGUACAAAAAAAACAUGUUUUGUUUUUGUUUCUUUAAAAACCUCACACUUAAACGUAAUUCAAAAGAUGGACAUACGAGAUUAUUCUUUCCAAAGACUUGGUAGCCCUGAGAUUGAAAAAUCCGGUGUUGACUACAAAGCUUCAGGGCUCUCGCAGCCUUUGAACGUGCCAAAUCUACAAAACAGGGAAGUGGUAUUAAGCUCGGAAAUGUCUGGCAAUGGUACUUCAAAUGACAUAUCUGUCAACUACACAAGUACAGUGAGGUUAGAUCCGACCAAACACGGGGACAGUCCACAAAGCGUUGGCUUUUUGUCAGUGGCUAUACCGCUGGUGAUCUCGGGGGUAGUGCUAGGCUUCAUUUUGCUCCUGGUCUGUUACCGGUGCAGAAAGAAACGGGAAGCUUACUACGGGGAAACAUAUGAAUUUUCCCUGGUGGAUCAGUCAAUACAAGCCAACCAGUCUUCCAUCAUUGGACAUGGUGUUGUCAUGGCGAACGGAACGGAGUAUCAGGAAAUUAAUGACGUCUUGGAUGCCCAGGAUCAAGACAAUAGCCCUGUGAAUGGGGUUCUUGCUCUUCAUGACGAACACGGCCAAGAGGAGAGUGGCAGAUAUGAAACGGACAUUCAAAACAGAAGCCACAAACCGCAAUUAGAAGGACACGAGGAACCCAAAGCUGACAGUGAAAGAAGGAGUCAGAGAGAAAUGACUCUUUCAACAAAUGUUUAUACAAACGACUAUUUUUCUGUGGAGAAAUUAGACAGUACGCCAUAUUUUGUGUUAGAACUCGGAAACGAACCUAAAUAUGUAAAUGAAAGGUGAACAUUG